GCCCUCCACCCAUCCUGUGCUUCCUCCUUGCACUGCUAGCCAGUCGCGACCCGUCCCGGACCCUAAGAGCACUCGAUUCAGAACCAGAAGAAGCUGCUGAGCACGUACACGAAGACGACAUGCAGCGCCAUACGUUUACCGCGCUCAAUUCGACGUUCGUCGUCGACUCGGAGUACCAAUUCGUGAAGGAGCUGGGGCAGGGCGCGUAUGGGUGCGUCGUCGCUGCGCGACACCGCCGCACUGGGGAGGGAUGUGCGAUCAAGAAGAUCACAAACAUCAACACCAAGCGCAUCCUGACGAAGCGAUGCUUGCGAGAAAUUCGCCUCCUGCACCACUUCCGCGGGCACAAGAACAUUACCUGCCUGUACGACAUGGACAUCGUCUUCCAGCCGAACGGCAACUUUGACGAAGUCUACCUCUAUGAAGAGCUCAUGGAGGCCGAUCUGCACGCUAUCAUCCGUUCCGGCCAGCCCCUCACCGACGCCCACUUCCAGUCCUUCCUGUACCAGACGCUCUGCGGCCUGAAGUACAUACACUCCGCCAACGUCCUCCACCGCGACCUCAAGCCCGGCAACCUGCUCGUCAAUGCCGACUGCGAGCUGAAGAUCUGUGACUUUGGCCUUGCGCGCGGGUACAGCUCGGGCACGGGCAGCGCGUCGAACAACCAGGGCUUCAUGACCGAGUACGUCGCAACUCGGUGGUACCGCGCGCCGGAGGUCAUGUUGAGCUUUGCAAACUACACGACGGCGAUUGACGUCUGGUCUAUUGGCUGUAUUCUGGCUGAGUUGUUGGGCGGAAAGCCGAUAUUCAAGGGCCGGGACUACGUCGAUCAAUUGAACCAGAUCCUUCACUACCUCGGCACGCCAUCCGAAGACACCCUUCGUCGCGUCGGCUCACCAAGGGCCCAAGACUACAUCCGCUCCCUCCCCAUCAAGCCCCGCGUCCCUUUCGCCACCCUCUUCCCCCACGCCAACCCCCUCGCCAUCGACCUGCUCUCCAAGAUGCUCUGCUUCGACCCGGCAAAGCGCAUCUCCUGCGAGCAGGCGCUCAACCACCCCUACUUCCAGGUCUGGCACGACCCCGCGGACGAGCCCAUCUGCGAGGCCAAGUUCGACUUCGGCUUCGAGGAGGAGGACAGCAUCGAGGGCAUGAAGAAGCUGAUCAUCGAGGAGGUGAAGCAGUUCCGCGCGGAGGUUCGGGCGCAGGCGCGCGCGGCGGGGCAGAUCCAGCGGUCGGGGAGUAACCUGGGCAUCCCCUCGCGCGACGAGAUUAUGAACUCGCCCGUGGCGGAGAACUACAAUGGACAGGAGGUUCCGCGGUCGCAGAGCCCGGUCAUGGAGGACCCGAGCGCGGCGCUCGAGCGUGAGCUAGCUGGCAAGUAAGCUGUGCCCCAAGUCGAAAACGGUCAGUGUAUUUUCGAUGAAACUGACUCGCAAACAAACUGUACAAUUGUACGAUCCGUAUAUACCUUCCUGCUACGUACAUACAUACUUACUAAGUUAUUCAUCUGGAUCUGCUGUGCAGCGUACAAGCUGGCUCCCUUAGACUGCGAGUAGCUACGUUUUGGCGUCGUUGCAGGUUGAUACGUGCCUUUGCAGAACGACACGGUAUGCUGACACUGAGCGAAUACACACCUCGGCCAAGCUGUUCCUUGCAUAGUACAAGUUGUGCACUAUGGAACGUUGCCCCAAGCCGGGCUGAC